GAGCUUUCAGCCUCUUUUUUUUUACCAAUAUCUGGUCCAUUCUCCCAUUUAUUGUAAUGAAUCAAAUGUAUUAAAUGUGGUGCGUCUCUGUCUCAAUUUGCUGACUGUCAGGGACCAAGCGAGGCAAAGAGAAAACAGGGGUUUAUACAAUUUAACCAACAAUUUCUCAACUACGCCCAUAUAAGAGGUCAACAAAAUAAAACUAUACUAAAGACACCAACUAAAUGAGUAAUGGGUUAACUGAACAAACUGACCUGUCACAAGGACAUGUGGGGGAACAUACAUAUACUGGUUUGGCCAAACCAAAUGGUACACAAGGUGUAUACAAGAUGGACGCCAACUACAACUAAAUACAAAGCCAAACCAACCAAAUCCAAAUUACCCCUAUGACAUGACAGUGUAUGGUUUAACCCAAUCAGCUGGUUCCAGCAUUUGAAUGUCCUCAGCCCUUAGCCACACCUUUUGCAAAACCAGGAAGUGACCGCCUGUAGCAACCAAACAAAUAAUAAAUACAACAGACUAGGACAAAUAUUGCAAAGAAAUAAAGUGCACUGUUAAUUUGAUUGAAUGAAGUUGACUGCAGAUGAAAGUAUGCGUGGCAAAGAAGUAAAUGAACACAACUAUGUGAGGGUUAGUCAGGUGAGUAUUUGAGCAACACUACCACGUGUGGCUAAAAUGUAAUAAAUCCAUUUUAAUUUAAAAAAGGCCUACAAUUAGACCCUUUCUUUUCCUUGGCCUGUUUCACGCUGGUUGGUGAACUGCAGACAAUUGUUUGGCUGGAAGAUUCAGCCGAGAUCAUGACGUGGAACAAUAUUUUGUGAUUUCAUUUGAAUUCAUUACAUUGUGAGACUUUCUUUGGGGGAAGCUGUUGAUUGUGAAACUCGUGCCCGUCGUCCCUUUCCAUCGCGUCAGACGGGAGUUUACUUUGAAAGUGCUACCCGGAAGCCGAACCCCGGGCACCAGCAGGAGCUUGACGGAGAGAGGAGAGAGUUGGGGAUUGUUCGUCGGCGGAGCCUCCAGCGCCGGAGCGCGCGCAUGUUCACUGGACACGACUGGUGUGAGGCGCACCGGGUGAAGGAGUCCGAGACGUGCGGGAAUGACAGCCACUGUCACCGGCAGUGGCAGCCUUCACUCUUGACCCGCUCCUCCAAGCUGACACCCAACACCGAUCCGGAUCGGAUCCAGCCGGACCGGGACUAUGCCAGAGAUGGAGAAAGGGAGACCACCGGAAAACAAACGCAGCAGGAAACCCGCGCACCCCGUCAAGAGGGAGAUCAACCAGGAGAUGAAGACGUUUGCAGAAAGCACCAUGAACGAGCUCCUGGGAUGGUACGGAUACGACAAGGUAGAUCUCCGAGACUCGGAGGCCAAUGAGAUCAGAAACUACCGAGAGAGGCGUCAGCAUGUGUCUGUGCUGAAAGAAAACUCAUUGCCAAAACUGAAGGGCCUGGACGCCAAGGUCAGUCAUUCAGUCCUGGCCAUGAAGAGUGGGGAGAGAGAGUCCUCGAGUGUUCCCUCGUCUUCACCCUCCUCUUCAUCGACAAGUUCCUCCCUGACCACCCCCAAGGAGCACAAGAGUGCCCCUGUCAUUGUCCCCCUUAUAAAGCCAUCAGCAGUGGAAGAUGUACAGAAUGUGCAGAUUGUGUGUGUUUGGUGCCAGAAGGAAGGUGUCAAACGUUACUCUCUGUGUAUGGGCUCGGAGCUCAAGAGCUUCUGCAGUGAAAAGUGUUUCGCCGCCUGCAGACGGGCCUACUUCAAACGCAAUAAGGCCCGAGAUGAAGACCUCCAUGGUGAGAGAUCCCCUCAGCACCCCCAUACAGAAGACUCACCCAGACUGGUGUUGAAAAUAAACAGCAAUGUCAGAAUCGAUCACUUCAAUGACCCCCCACAGUCUCUCUCCCCUGUGCCACAGGUAUGUGACUGGUGCAAGCAUGUCCGUCACACUAAAGAAUACCUUGACUUUGGAUCUGGUGAGGAGCGACUCCAGUUCUGCAGCACCAAGUGUCUGAAUCAGUACAAGAUGGAUGUUUUCUACAGAGAAGCCCGUGCAGCUCUCACCAGCACCAGCUCCAGCCCAAGCAGAACCAGUCAGGAGGGGAGGGCAGAUAGCAGUGUCGCCGGACAAAAGCUACUCACUCCUGAGUCUUGGAACAGCAGCAACAGUAUAGGGGAAGCCCGUCACAGAAACCUCUCCCCGAAAGGGCCUGCGCUAAUCCAUGGAUUAGCAGAAUCCACCUCCAUCUCCUCCUCAGAGGCAUCCUCCUCUUCUUCUUCUUCCUCAUCCAAGGUCCCUGUCUCUGGGUUAAGGACCCUGGAGAGACCCAUCCAGCCUCCUCCACUGCCUGCUAUGGAUGUGUCACCCCACCCUGCUCAACUUCCUCCUCCACAUCCUCCUCGCCCCCCCCUGGAACAUCAGCCAGUGCCUCAAAUCCCCAUUCCCUUCAUCAGACCUCCUCUUCAUGCCCAGGGCCUGAAAAGCCCUCUUGCUCCCAGACACCCAGGCCCCCCUUCUAGCCCCAUCCACAGACCUCCUCACUCUCCUCAUCUGCAACCCCCCACUCCCUCUUCGGUAAAUCCCCCUGGACUGAUGCAUCCCUUUCCAGGAGCCUACUUCCCUGGCUUGCACUCCCCUCCUCUGAACAUGAUGCCAAGAGGUCCAUUUCCAAUGCCUCCCAUGAUGAACUUUGGUAUUCCUUCCUUUAGCCCUCUUCUGCCCCAACCCACUAUCCUGGUCCCUUAUCCUAUCAUUGUUCCCCUACCUGUUCCCAUACCCAUUCCUAUUCCCAUUCCAUUCCCAUCUAAAUCACCCCCCGAAACUCCAAGUCACAGUGGAGUCAUCCAACCUGUGCCAGAGGGGGCAGAGAAGGGUAGAUCAAGGGUUACCCGGCUGCCAUCUCCUGGGAUCCUUGAAGGGGACAGUAGAUUGGUAGCCAACAAAUUGGGUGGAACCAUGACCCAAGGUCUUCCCUCCCCAGGAGAUCCCAAAACAAGGGACACAGAUUGGGUUAAACUAGAGAGGCCAUUCCCAUCCCCAACAUCCACACUCAAUAGUGGAACGUCUUCUCCCAGGGCACAGUACAACGAAUCCCUGUGCUCAACUCCAGGGUCAGAGGGGCUGAAAGACUUUAAGCAGCAGCAGUCAGAGCGACAAGUCAUCCAAAGGGUUCUUCAAAGGACCCAGGUGAAGCUGGAGCCCAGUGCCAAUGGAGUGGUGGACCUAUCAGGGCUGGGGGAGUCAGUAACUGGGCAGGGUACCAGAUCAGGGCUCUACAACAUCAUCAGACCCACCCCUCCUCUGCCAGAGUCCCCCUCACAUGAUCCUGUCUACCACCACCAGGACUCCCACACUCCACUAUCACACACCCCACCUAGCCCUACAGGGAGCAGCCAUCAAAAUGAUGUCACACCCUCUGCCCUCAAAUCUCAGGACCACUGUUCAAAUGGUAUGUCCUCAUCAUCCCCACCCUCCAGUCCCGACUCCUCCCAACCCCAGAGAGUACUAGCGCCACCCCCAGACCCCACAAUUAGUGAGCUGGAGGCCAUCAAAGAGAACAAGUGCUCUGUUGUCAGCCCAGUGCGGGUUGAGGGCCCAGUCGUUCAGUCAGAAGAGCCCUUGGCAGUAGUGGGGGAAGUAGAAGAGGACCCCCACGUUCCUGAUGAGGACCAUGCCUAUGCCCUUCCCACAGCGCCAAAGACAGGUGGGACCACCACCCCGCUGCUCUUGCCCAAACUCAGGGACAAGGGUAGCCUGCGGAGCCCUGCUAAUAUGCCCAGUGCUGGAGACAUGGAGCCAGCUCUGAAGAGGCGAUGCCUACGAAUCCGAGAUCAGAAUAAAUAGAGGAUGGCGGUGAGAGAUUCUAUUACCAGACUCCCUGUUUAACACUGGAUGGCAGUGCCAGAUUCAGUGCCACGCCCUCUUGUGGACAACACCAGUGCUUACACCGCCUCCGGCCUCUCACUCAGCCUGUCGGCCCAUCCGAGUGUCACUCUGCCUGUGGACCAGCAGGGUGCCAAACCCAGGAAGCAGUCCAGAUGGCCACACCGUCUCUGGAGGAAGGAAACAACACAGUCACACAUUUUGUCCCGGACCAAAGAGUAUUUCUGGCUCGUGUGUUAGAUCGUGUUCAGUGAGUGUCUGAUACGAAGCAUCUCGGAUCUUCUCCCUGUCUGACGUUGCCCCAAAGCGUGUCUGUGUGUGUGUCGCUGCCCAGAUGUGCUCCCUCCCUCCUCCUCCUCCUCCUCCUCCUCCUCCUCCUCCUCCUCCUCGCUCCACACAGCAGACAGAGCUCUGAUCAGCCUUGUGUGGUCUUCUCAGAUGGAACCAGAACAUGAUCUCUUUCCAGGGGAAACGGUUUGUUUUCUCUGCCUGGCUUGCACAAAGAGCCACAUUGUUCCUCUCCCCAUAUCCCACGCUGACUCCCCACUCCAGGUUUUGGGUUACCUGGUCGACGAGGGCUCAGACUUCAGGAGGGUUUUUGUGUUGUUUUUUUUUACCGACAGCCAGGAAUAUAGUAUACCCUUCUUCGCGCCACCUCUCCGCCGCAAAUCUAAAUAUGGUACACACACGUUCUGUGGUUUGAUUCCUCACAACUGAUUGCCUGUGAUUCCCUACUCCACUCACAUCCUCCACGGGAGGAGAGAAAUUCUGCUGAGGGUAAGACUUUGUCCUUGGGCAGUUGUACGCACUGUGUGGAGAGAGUCUGGCCGGGCUGUUGAGACAGAGGAGGAGGACUGACAACGCGACCUCUGAGGAGGGAGGAUGCUCCCCCUGUCUCCUCUGUGGGGGAAAAAAAUAAAUACAAAAAUAAUCAAAAAUCAUUGUAUACUGUAUAUGAGACACCUGGAUGGUCUGUGAACACUUAAGUCGCCCUGAUGGCGCUGGUACAGAAACAUGUCAUUUACAGACCCUCCCUCGCCAAUCACCUGAGCUGCCAAAGCUUUCGAUAGCGAAUCAGAAUUUGAAUCACUUUUAGCACCGAGUGCCAUGCAUAUUCCUGCGGAAAAUUAAAUCUUGAACACUCAUGGCACCCGACAGUUUAACUGGUCCCGAUUCUGAUUUUCUUUCUCUUUAUUUUUCUGGCUGUGAUCAGACGAAUCUAAUAAUUAGAAGAAACAGACUUCUAAAAUUACCGAACGUGGUAUUAUACUCGAUCAUCCAGUGCUGCAGUGUGCAGCGAACAGUAUUACAGUUUCCUCUAUCGGGGAUACUUAAUGAGAUUUAUGAACCAGCGAGAUCACUUAGAGGCUUUGUCAUCAGUUGUCUCAUUGUCAAGGUUUCAGUUCUUCUAGUUCACAGAUACUAUUUGAUGAUAUAUUAACUUAUGGUUGAUGCAUCUGUAGAUUUUUUUUUCCACAAAAAAAGUGCUUUAUUUCUUCAUUUUUUCUUCUUUGAUGAUUGUAUUUUGCGAGUGCCGAAGCUCUUAAAUGCCACCUUCUCUUUGUGUUUUGUGUACUGUGUCCCCACUAGAGAGCAGUGUUUGCCUUUGUAACUUUGCACCUGCCCCUUUUUCUGACAUGAGGCCCCACAGGCAACUCUGCUGAAACCCCCUCACUCACACAGAACACAACCCUGCAGUCGGUGCCAACUGCCUGAGCUUUUCCUCCACAUCCUGCUGCCAUUAGUUUCUCUUUCAAAAAAAUCUUACUGUUGCCUAUUUCAGCCGUGUCAUAUCGAGAGGAGCCUCUUCCCUAAUGUAGAGCUCAGCAACCCCCCCCCUUCCCCGGGAGAAGUGAUGACCUACUCCUAGAAUAACUCCAAAUGUGGCCGACCCCCGCCAUCAUUCCAAAACUACAUGCUGUGCGCCUGUGUGUGUGUGUGUGUGUGUGUGUGUGUGUGUCCGUCUCCGUCACCCCGCUCAUUCCAGCCUCACAUCCCCUCCCUCACAGGUCAUGCCAUUAUGUCAGUGUCAUCCUCGGCUGGCUGGCGAGGGGACUUUGUCAACAGCUUGCAUAUGAGUCAGUGAUGACAUCACUCCAUUCGAAUAGCUGCUGUGUCCACAAGUGGAGAGAGGACCCCCCCCCCCCCCCCCCCCCCCCCCCCCACACAAAAAAAAAAGAGUCAUUUUUAAGACUGCUACUUAUUGGUUUAAUUGCACAUCUUAAUCUUUGCCAUAUCUGACCUGAUAAAGUGUGUGUGUGUGUGUGUGUGUGUACGUGUGUGUGUGUACGUGUGUGUGUGUGUGUGUGUACGUGUGUGUGUACGUGUGUGUGUACGUGUGUGUGUGUACGUGUACGUGUGUGUGUACGCGUCACUCCAGUGUGUUUCACAGAUUUUGUUGCUCCUGUGGCCCAGAAAUUCGUAGGUAUUUUCUCACCUCCUCCACCUGUCAACAUUUAUCCCACCGUCUGGACAGAUUGUUUGUAUUUGAAUACAGAUUCAGUAACCAGGAGCUUUGGUGCAGACCUAUUUGUAAAGUAAAAAUAAAUAAAAAGUUAUUCUAAGUGCAA